CGACCCCCCGCGAAGACCGCACGCCAUUGCCCGAGCGAAACCCCUCUCCUCUCCCUUCCAACCGCCUUACUACACAGCCACACCUUUCCCUUCAUGCCACCACCCUCAUAAACAAACCCAAUCAACCAACCACAACCCGACACCCCCCAUGGACCCCUCCGACGACCCCGUCGUCGCAUCCUACGACAUCUACCUCACCGACUCCGACAUCUCCCGCUACGUGCUACAAUACCUCGACCGACCGACCGGCUCCUCCUACGACGACCGCCACGGCCAAAAGCCCACCUCCUUCCGGCUGAAACCCAAGACCGGCCUCGUCGAAGUCGACGUCCCGAUCAACACGCGCGUCAACUACGACGUCAGCAAGGGAUUGCGGUACGGUGAUGCGUUGAAGAAAAGCCGUAGUGCUCGCGAAGGCGGCGCAUAUGGUAUGGCCGGCGGGUUUAGUUCCGGGGGUGCUGGGACGGGGGGCGCAAAGGUGAAGAUGGAGGCUGAGGUCGCGGAGCAGGAUACGAAGGGUGAUACGGCCUCCUUGUUGAAGGUUCAGACGCUUGGUGGGAGGAUUAAGGGUCCUGAGGAUGGGGAUCCGGUUUAUAUGUUGGCGGCAUUUCGGGGACAGAAUUUGCAUCUUUCGCCUGUGUCGGCUGUUGUGCAGUUACAUCCGCAGCUUCAUCAUCUAGAUGCCUUGGACGAGAUCCCGACGAAGGGGAAAGGCAAGGCCAGGAAGGAGGGAGAGGAGGAUCGGCCGGGUGAGAGUGAAGCUAGGGCGAUCGAUGUGAAGAUUAAGGCCGCCGAGGAUGGAGAGGCGGCGCAGGUUGCGGGCAAUCUGGACCUUUUGAAGAAAAUGCAGGAUGAGAAGUGGAAGGAUUAUGAGUGGGUUGAUGCUGAGACGGAGGAAUCGUGGCAAUUGUACGAAAACUACAUGAUGCAUCAGGACGUGGAGGGUUUACCCCAGCUGCAGUCGGCGAUCGAUAGCGAGGAUUAUCUGGAUACGAUGAGUGCGCCGCGAAUUGAUCCUGCAAGACCGGAGAUGACAGGCUGGGCGAUGAAACAAAACCGCAAGAAGCAGCAGCAGGGAGAGGGAGGCGCUGCUGAGGGAAACACCGAGGAAGGUUGAUAGAACUGAAUUGGCUUCGAAUACCAUACAUAAAAUUACGAAUUCUAAAUG